UUGUGAUGGCAACAGCACUCACAGGUAUUAUAGGUUGCACCAUGUCGCUGCUAAGACGACCUAUUGAAUAUCUAUAGCCUAUUGGUUGUGUAAUAGCUAAGGGCUCGGGAAAGGGAGAGAAAAAAAUACUGGCACUCCGGGUAAAGAAAUUCCCGACGGUUAGUCCGUGCCUUGAUCAGGGAGAUUAAUUUGUGUGUGUGUGUGUGGGGGGGGGGGGCUCAUACUGUUUCACAGAAUUAGAACUCAAACGCAGAACGUUUGAAAGGUUUGCAACAUGCUUAAUUUUAAAAAAAAACCGCCAUGGGCUAAAUUAAAAUGGCUUAAAAAUGACAAUAUGAUAUUAGAAUAAGUUAGAAGUAGAGGGGCACUCGGAGAGCUCAAACCUCCGCCAAGGACAACAAUAUGCCCCAUCACGCAGUGUUAAAGUAAAGGAAGUGGUAAAAAACGGGUUUUUCAUUGUCCCAUGCUCCUACCCUCCACCAAAUUUCAUGAAAUCUGGCCUGAUAGUUUUUGGCGUAAUCCUGUCCUGACAGUCAAACAAAUGAACAGUAAUGAAAACAACCUCCUUGGUGGUAAAAAAAAGGCACUUGUCAAAUCAGAGGGCAAAGGGGCAGGUACUUAAGCACCACCUGGGGUCUACCUGUGCACGUGCUUGCCUUAUCACAAACCACACGAUUCACAAAGAUGAGUUACUGAACAUACAGCUCACAACAUUACUGACUAAAAGUCUUUUCAGGUCACUGGUUCCAUUUUUGAAAAACUGCCAAACUUUCAUACGUAUACAACCUAACCAUACCUAUCUACUAAUUGGCUGGAAAGGGAUAAUUCAAAUAGCAUAUUACAUGUGUCAAAAAACCCUAGGCCUACCUGUUAAAAAUAUUUGAAGUUCAUGAACUCUGUUUGUGAUGGGAGAAGAUGACUGUGCUCUAGUUGGACUCCGAUGGAACUGCUAUCUGGUGGGGACUCGAGCAGUGACAAAACAAGAAAAACUUUAAGUGCUCAACAGCUGGCGGAAAUUAUAACCUCUCCAACAAUCCAACCAUACCACCAACCUACACCCACACGCACAAUAUUCCUGGAUUUUUUUGUGCUAACGUCAUCUAGUAAAGUAGGCGAGACCCCAGUAGGCGUCCUUUAGGAUGCAGUCGGCAAGUCAGGGAAAGCUCGCCUUUUCAGUGCCUAUUGGUCGGGUCUCACUAUUGAAUGGUAAUACGUUCUUUUUAACGAGGGAAUGUACGCUAAAAAAAGACCUUUAACGAGGGAAUGUACGCUAAAAAAGACCACCAACGAUAUAUGAUAGAUCCAACUAACUAUUUGCAUUGUGAGUCGAACUCGACGCAAGUUCGUUCGACACACACCCUCCCCGCCCUUCUCGGGCCACAGCAAAAGUGCAAAAGGACUUGUAUCAUGUGUGAAGCUGCGUGAUGACAACCUGUUUUCGGCGCUUGAUGACUGUAAUCUCCAUUCUAGUACAGAUCUUCAUUUCCUGUGAAAUCAUCAAACCAUGCCUGAGAGGGGCGGACACGGCAGUCAGAAGAAGCAUAGCAAUGAAGUGGCGAAGAGGCGAUGCUCCAUGUCUUCUCUCAGUAGCAUAAUAAGCCACAUGGCUACGUCCAAGCGCACUUCUCGUGGGAGCUGUACCUCCGUCAACACUUUGUGCUCAGACAAUGAGCGCCCCAUCAGUCUCUGCGCCUCCACCUCCUCAGCCUCUCUGCAGGACAGUCACUCCUCCUCCUCCCUCUCUCUGCCCAGUGGGGGGCUCCCCUCCUGUCAAGACUCCGACAUCAGCCUGGACCUCAUGCCCGUGACCAUGCUGCUGCAGGACUGUGCCACUGACUCUGCCAUGGGCACCUCUGUGUCAGCUGGGGGUGCCAGCCAUGACGGACAAGCCUCCACUUCCUUCACGCUGGUACCUAAACUCUCCCGGAUGGAGAGGGUGGCGCUGGAGAUAGUGGAGACAGAGCAGGCCUACGUACGGGAUCUGAAGAGCAUUGUUGAAGAUUACUUGGGGUGUAUUCAUGGUAGAACUCACUUGCCCCUUAAGUCAGAUGAGGUCAGCACACUUUUUUGCAACAUCGAGGACAUCUAUGAGUUCAGCAGAGAACUGCUGGACGACUUGGAGCACAGUGCAAGUGCUGCUGCCAUUGCAGAAUGCUUUGUGCGGAGGAGUGAAGCCUUCGAUAUUUAUACCAUCUACUGCAUGAACUAUCCCAAUGCUGUGGCGGUUUUGAAGGACUGCAUGAAGAAUGUCAACCUGGUACAGUUCUUUCAGGAGCGGCAGUCCACUCUGAAUCACUUCCUGCCCUUGGAGACGUAUCUGUUGAAGCCUGUGCAAAGGAUCCUCAAGUACCACCUCCUUCUGCAGGAACUGUCAAAACACUUUGACAAAAGUGACCCAGGAUAUGAGGUGGUGGAGGAUGCCAUCAUCACCAUGACGGAGGUUGCCUGGUACAUCAAUGACAUGAAGAGAAAGCAAGAACACGCAGUACGGCUUCAGGAGAUUGAGAGUCUGCUGCUAAAUUGGAUGGGGCCUGAUCUCCAUGGUUUUGGGGAUCUGCUUCUGGAGGGGUUGUUUCGUGUGCAGCGAGUCAAGAAGGAGAGGGCGUUCUUCCUCUUCGACAAGAUGCUUCUAAUCACCAAGAAGAAGCUUGGCCAUUUUAUCUACAGCACCCAUAUUUUUUGCUGCAACCUUCUACUUAUGGAGAACAUGAAGGACCCCCUAUGCUUCAAGAUUUCAGAUCAGACAAUACCCAAACAGCAGCAUAUCAUUCAGGCCAAGAACCAGGAAGAGAAGCGUCUCUGGCUGCACUAUCUCAAGAGACUCAUAGUAGAGAACCAUCCAGCUUCCUUACCACAGAAGGCACGCCAGGUUCUUGGAAACCAUUUCUAUCAGUCUCUGCAGUUAGACCAUGAGGUCAUUAGGAAAUCUUCCCUGUCUUCCCAUGUGAAUGAUGUUCAUGGCUACAACCGAAGCAGGAGACAAUCUGAGCCCCCAGAGUACACCUUCACCCAUGAGAAGACUAGGGGGAGUCUUGGGAGUCUGUUAUGGGAACAAAUCUUUCCACACAGACGUGGCAGGAGACAGUCUGCCCCCGACAAACAUAUUGAGGACACAUUUCAACAGAAUGUCAUUCUGAAGGCGGGUAGUGUGGAUGAACAGCACACACAGGCUGAAUGCUUGGAUUCUUUAGGGAGUACCAGCACUUUGGCUUCCUCUGUCAUCAAUGCGGAUAUUGAGGAUGAUCCAGCUCUAGGUCAGGAUGAGGACACCAUAUUGCUCCUGCCAACCCUGUCCAUUACUGAUGAGAUUAUGCAGCUCAUCAACCAAAGCGCAUUGUCUGAGGAGAUGACAGGAUUACAGUCUGAUGGGGGCCACUUUACCCUAAUGCCACCAGAUAUGCAAACCUCACUCUAUCCUGUGGAAACAGACACAGAGCAGAUGGAGGAAAAAGAGUUGCGACUUCAAAGGAUUACAGAUACAAUAAAGGAUGUGAGUCCUUCAUCAUGUUUGGCUAUUGAAUCAUCACCUAAAUACAUUCAAGCAAAACAGCAGUUAUUGCCUUCAGUCAAGGAUGUUCCUUCAGAUGUACAAUGUGGGAUUCAAAUAGAAGCAACAACAGCUGACCAGAAGAAGACUGCACAUGAACACGGGGUUAAUGGAGCCACACCUGAUCUGAAGGGAAACACCUUUGAAACCCCCACUAAAGGUGACAGUGAAACAUCCUACUCAUUAAACUGGCAGGAAGAGACUAACAGAAAAUCUGAAUGGACGAAUUCUCCCCACACACUCCGCUCUGACAUCGUUCCAACAUCAGAGAGUACUUAUAUGCCUAAAGCGGAGUCCGUAGCAACAACAGAUUCUAAAGCGGAGUCCGUAGCAACAACAGAUUCUAAAGCUGAGUCCGUAGCAACAACAGAUUCUAAAGCUGAGUCCGUAGCAACAACAGAUUCUGUCGCCCAGUUUGAGGACUGUGUACCUCAAGACAGCCCGUGUGACUCUAACACUGAGCACUCAGAUGAUAACCUACUGAAUUCAGAACCAAAAGAAUCUGAAGAGUUACUAAAGACAACUUGUCCUGUAAAAUCAAACUUGGCCAAGCCCUUGGUUUUAAAAGAGAAUGCUAGCGAAUGCUUGACUCCCUGUCAAGAAUAUGGCGGCAUGGUGCAGCCAAACACAAAUUCACUGAGGGGACAGGAGAGGAACCAGGAGAUUAUAAAUUCAAUCAGAAUUAGGAACUCAAGCAAAAGUGCCAACAUCUCUGAGGAAGAAUGCCGUGGAAUAAAAACAACACAGUUACCCUGCAGGCCUGUUGAACGUGCUAAGUCAAAUCUAGGUGACGGAGAGACUGAUUCCAACCAGGAUCUACAAACUGAUAGUGUUGUCCAACCUCAAGCUUGUAAUGUGCUCUUAUUUGAAAACAGUCAAUACUGUGCAUUGUCUGGUCAGAGUAGUGGCCUUCCCACUCAGGCCCAAGCCAGUGGAAGGGCUUCCCAGAGUAAAGAGACGCUGUGUGAGGACAGGGCAGUGCUCCAUGGGCAAGGACCCGCUGGAGAAACACAUGAUGAGCAUGUCAUCGAAAGAACAAGGAAUAUUCCCAGUAAGGUUCAGAUGUUAACAAGCAUGUAUAGCCUCAAAGCCAGCUGCGUUAAACUGCCACAGUACAACAAGAGGCCACAGGAGGCCCGAGGGCUGUGGGCUAGAAGAAGCCAAGCUAAUGUUCCACCACCAGCACAAACCCUACCAACAGGGAGCCCACUGCUGAGCCAAGCUUCCUCUUCACCACUGCCCUCUGUUGCCACCAUCACGGAGCAACUCCCAGAGAGUUACCAGGACAGUAGUUGUACACUGACAGAGCAGACAGCAAGCGUCUCACUUGUUUCCUCCCAAUCAGUUUGUUCAUCCCAUGCAUCCAUUGAUGGAUCACAGGAAAUUACCUCAAUGUCUUUAAAGGUUGACAGACGUUGUGAGAACAAGGAAGCAGACGUUUCAUGUAAAGGCCUUCCUCUACAUCAUAUGUUGCAAGAAUCUUCACAUGAAAAUGAGAAUUUUUCAGGAAACAUAAUUAAGGAUGACAUUCUAUGUGCUGGAUCCCAGGCCAGUUGCCUCCCUAUAACUGAGAAAGCCUAUGUAGCUCAUUCAAAGCCUAGAACACGGCACGCUUUAGACUCUUAUACAGAAGACAACUCUGUACAGUCAUACUUGCAUAAAACCAACAGUCAAUCAAAGGAGGCUAAGAGUUUGCCGUGUCAUCAGAUGUCCACAGACUCAGACAUCCUGACAGCAGAGGAGACAGAAGCUCUUAUAUCACACAGGAGAAAUGCUCCCAGUAUGGCUGAAGAAGUGAGCCUCACCUCAGAAACUCCUUUAGAUCUUGUCCUGAAAUGUAAACCAGAUACAUUAGAGAAUAGUGCUCAUCCUCCACCUGAGAUGCAAUUGGACCUAGAUGUCACCAAAGAUCCGCUUUUCAACAAGGAGACAAUUACUAUGUGUUGUGAUUUCUACACACACCCUGACGAGGGCAACCAUUUGCAAGCACUAGGCAUUAAAGACACAAAAACAGACUGUUUCUACGUUCAAGAGGAAAAAACAUGUUCUGAAUCUCCUCUUUUUGGUCCUUGGUGUAAUUUUAAACAAGCACCAACCUUGAAAAGCCAAAGUCUCACAAACAGCCUAGAUGAUCUCAACGGAGAACCAGAUGAUUUGAUCCAGGCUCCUACAGUUGUCAACUCAAGGCACCCCGGAUCAGCUUCUCCUUCUCUGUGUUUCACCUCUCCGGACUGCUUUACAAAGUGUGCCAGUCAAGCACCAUCCAGUGCGCCGGUGAAAGCACAGACAAUGAGCCAACCAAAAAAAAGUCCAUUUCUCUCCAACCCAAGAUUUGCAGCUCUUCCAGUCAACGCGGGAGUGCUCCUGCCUUCCAGCGCCAGCCCUCCUGUCAGCUGGUCUCCCACAGUACCCUCUGGACCUAUGAGUGCACUGGAUAACAACCUCCCCUCUGCUGUCAGCUCAAGUCAAUCCCGCAGAUCCUCCUCGCCAGCUCACUUGAUCUUGACCAAGUCACUGGCAGCCUCUCGCAUUAGUCAGGCCAUUACUCAAACUCAAGCCAAAAGAAGUUCUCAUAUCCAAAAUGUCUUAGCCUGUUCGGGUCCCUUAACAGCUCUCCUAAAUGAAAAAGAAUCCCUCCCCAAAUCCCCAUUUGUGCAGCCAGCUAAUACGCUGAAUUAUGGUCAUGGUCUGAAGAGACCAUCUCUGAAAUAUUUUGGCUCACUUUCCAGAGCAAAUUCUCUUAGCUCUGGCACACCAGUGGAUGUGUUACAGUGCACCCCAUACCAGAGUCCAGGCUUGCCUUCUGAUGCACACUGCUGUAGUCCAACAGCUCUAGAACAGUUUUCUGAAAUAGUAGGUACCAACAAUAAUAAUAAUAACAAAAUCAAGAACAACACACAGGUUUCUAGUAACAAUAAACCAUUGUCUGCCAGUAGCGGAGGUUCUAAUGACCACCGUGUUUUUCAUUGUGUUGGGCGCAAUCGAGUGCCACGUCCCUUUUCUGCCUCUGAGCCAAAUUCACGGGUUCAGUCUCCAUGUCCCUUGCCACACCCUACCCCUUACACCUAUAAUUGGCCUCCAGUACUUGCCAAUAAUAACCAUUGUGCCUUCACAAACGCACAACCAAAUUCUAGAACCUCUCAGGACGGAAGUCAUUUAUUAAAGUCUGAACCAGCUUCUGUUCAAUCUCCAUGCCUUCGCAUAGCUUCACCUCCUCCUAUUGGUGUUCCUACAAAUGUAUUAAAUAUUGCCUGUCCACAACCACAAAAGGUGGAACUAAACUCUUCCAACAAAGGUCCAUUUGGAUCCAGUGAACAGAGUGGGCAAUACUUCAGUAGUGUGCCUUGGCAGAGUAGAUACAUCAGGGCUGACAAUUCUGAGCCUAACUGUCUGCCCUCUAAACCUGGCUUAGAGGCCUGGCUGGGUGAAACAGAUCAAGGUGGGGCUAUCCCUUCAGGCAAGCCUCAUACCUAUGGAACUCAAUACUCACCUGUCCCACAAACAGAUACAUCCACUCAGUGCUUCAGAGAAGGUGAUCUAGAAGACCCUAUCCUCUGCCAAGGUCCUCAGCCAGUUUUAAAGACUAGUUAUGCCACUACUUUAAAUCUGCAGAUUGCUGGCAGUGGACGAAUUACCUCUUUCAGCAAUGCCCAGGUAAGUCUGGUGCAAACCCUGAACCCAACCCUGAACCCAGCCACUGAGGCCCAAGGCAGGCGUGGGGUCAGUAUUAAACCCACCUCUGAACCCAGCCACUGAGGCCCAAGGCAGGCGUGGGGUCAGUAUUAAACCCACCUCUGAACCCAGCCACUGAGGCCCAAGGCAGGCGUGGGGUCAGUAUUAAAGGCUGCAAUAUCUCAUUACACUAAAACACUGCAAGUGACUUCAUAGGCCUUUGCUCUUGAAUCUCUGUAGUUUUACACGUUCUUAAUGUAAACAGACUAAACUGUGUCUGUAAUGUAAUUGUAAUUCAAUUCAAUUCGAUUUUAUUUAUAUAGCAGCAAAACAAUAUAAUUGUCUCAAGGCGCUUUAAAUGUAAUGUAGAAUGUGUUGUUGUGUGGUUGUCAGGGCGAUAACACAUUAGUUGUGGGAAACAGUAACCCAUAAAGCAGCUGUAAAUCUCUGGUGCUUCUGCCUUGGACAGAUCGAACAGUUCCAACUAUCUGAUAUUCAUCAGUUGCCCAGUUCAUCAAAGUUGUUUCUGUACAUUAUUAUAUAACCAUAUAUAUUCUUUGUAUAGUGGAGUCAGAUUUGAGUUUGUUUUAAUGUACACCUGAAAGUCACAUCCGUAUUUUCUUCUGUCAAAAUGUUGUUCAAUGUCCUUUGUUGUAUUUCAGACUCUGAUUUCCUUGUAAAUGCCCUACUGAGAAGAAGUACCUAUGCUUUUAUGCUGAGCACAUGCAAUGGUCCCCUCAUCCACGCCUGCCUUUUCUGCCUACACAAAUCUUUAAUGACAAUAUCUAAUGUGACAAAUUCAAAUUUGAUAUGUACAGUUUUUCCCCCGCCCAGAAAUACCAUUUACCAACACUGAAUUAACAUACUGUAUGUAAUUACAGUUAUACACAGGUUUGUGCUAUUGUUUGGGGACUUCUUACAGCAGUCAAGCCUCUCAAUGUCACAUAGAAGUAAUCGUGUUUGUGUUUUGUUGUUGGAUGACAUUUUGUUUUCAUCAAAUAUGGUCUGUCCAAUUACAUGAAUUGCCAAAAUAUAGUUUUGAACUAGUUUAAUGUCAGUAUUAUGUGCAUUUAUUGCUUUUCUGUAACUUCAUGCUUAAGUAGGUAUGAAAGAUUUCGAUUUCCUAAAAGUUAUUGUAUUACUUCAUUAUAGAUUUUUUGUAACAAUAUGGGCUGAAAUGGUGGCAGUGUCCAAUUAAACACUCAUUUGAAUUUCAGUGAUAAUAAAAGAAAUCUGCAGAUCUCAUAAGA